CGUUCGUCAUAGAUCUUUCGCGUCGGGUCUCUGUACUCCCGGCUCAAUUCGUGCCCAACACCUACCGCAUUCUAAACGGCUUUAUCCUUCAUUGUCAUGAUCUGGGUAUUGUCCCCAAUGACUUGUUCCUGUAUCACUAUUGCUAUCAGCCUACUGGACUACAAGGUAUCUGAAAUUAGUCGCUUGUGCUGAUCGUCAGUUAUUCACGGAUGAUCCUACCACACCGGCCAACUGGGAGGAACAGUCUCUCUUUCUCCGCGUGGGCGAGCCACUUCCAUUCCCCGAUCGGUGGAAUGCCUAUCCAGUUCGGGAUUCUGAACCUACUCUAGAUGCCAUUCUGAGUCACUGUGACUGGGGGGUGCGCGGAAUCUUCGUUCUUUUGUCACCCCUUCCAAGCUGUUGGUUGCUAGGAUUGGUAAGCUUUGUUUGUUUCAGCCUGAUCAAUCUUCGUUCAAUUCUGUUUCUUAGCUUUGUUUCCUUUCUUUGCAGGUGUGAUUCCCCCUGCUACCGUUCGGCCUCCCACACCUGAUCCUACUCCGACGGCCUCCAUUGGGAAAGGCAAGGAGAAGUUGAUUGAUGGAAACCGGAAUGAUGCUGAACAAGCCCGGAAGAGGCGCCGGGGAGAUGACGGCACCCAGCUUAUCUCGAUCGAUCAUAUAGUUGACUUGACCGGUCCAGAGACUGAGCCUAAGAAACCUGUUCUCCCUCCUACACCAAAGAAUUCAGUUCUUACCAACAUGUCGGUCGAUGAUCGGAUGUUUGUGGAGUUCUUCAACCUGGGGCCUCGGGCAGAGGGAAGGUACCUGUUCGUACAGACACCAGUCUCCAUGUGGUGUAGUACUUCCUUGAAGGUUGCUCCCAAUUUUUCCAACCUGACCCAUUGGUCUGACAUGGUUGAGGCAGGUCACCUUGAGUCCCUCAAGGCCGGCGUAUAUUACCACCGGGCUUUCCUAGCGGCUGAACGGGAGAUGAAGCUUUUGGCAAGCGAUCGGGAUGAUAGCCAGAUCUUUAUUGCAGCUGCCCGUAAGCUGGCGGAAGAUUUGCAGUAUCGUGCCAACAAAUUUAAUAAGGCAACGACCGAGCUAGCAGAGAUGGAGGAGAGGGUCCGUCGUCGUGAUCGGGAGAUCAAGGACCUUAAGGCAAAGGUGAAGGUGGCUGAAUCUGUCGGGAUGAAGUUUGACAAGGCAAAGGGAGAAACUCCCCCCGUUCCUUAUUUUGCCAAUGUUUCCAAGAUCACCAAACAAGCGGUGAUAGAUUAUCAACGAAGAAAAAGACUGAAUGUCGCCCUGGAAGAAACCGCUCGACAAUUCUUGGGUCGUCAUCUCGGUCAAUUCUUGCAUGACAAUGAGGAUCCUAUCAAAGCGGGAAUCGAGCUUCUGGAUAGCACGCCGGAAGGGAAAGCUUUCAUAGAUGCUCUGAAAAAGGAAACGGUCACAAAGAGUCAAGAUCUGUUUGUGGACAGGAACCUUGACCUAAUUAUGGAGCAUUUCCCCAAACCAUUUGAUCCUGAUGAGUUGGGGUUUGAUGACCUGUUCGGGAAUACUUAUGAUCGGGUCAUGGAGAAAAGACAGAAAGCAAUUCCUGAUGAUUCGGUGCAAGCUGGUGACCCGCAACCUCCAUCGUCCCCAAACAGGGAUCAUUCGGUAGCAUAAUUCAUGCCUUUGUUGUAUUUACCCUUGAUUUUCUUGUACUUCCCGGCCGGUAGUGCCGAAGAAUAAAG